CAUUGUCUUAUAUAUUUUUCACACGGGACAAUUUCCAAUAUUUUAAUUAUCAUAUAUAUAUAUGGCGCCCAAAAUGAAGGUCACUGAGCUCAAAAAGCUAUACGAAGAGCGUUGGAACUACCCGCCGAAACAGAAGUCGCCCAAGAUUCGAUUCAUUUCUUGCGGUAAAAGCCCCAAUUACGGAAUUAAGAAGACUUAUGAGCCUUGCUGGAAGCCCCCCAUGGAGACGAAAGCUGAUGUACGUUUUGGUCCAUGCUGGGACUACCCUCCGGAACGUUAUAGGCGUCGACCAUUGCCACCGCCAUGUCGUGGCGCCACCAUUCCAGCCCACCUCUUGGUGCCGGAAUUCGAUCAUUGCCAGAUGGUUUACACACGCUGCGAUUUCCGCCUAGAGGAGUGUGUGCAUCAGCAGAUACUGUUCAUUGAGCAUCUGUUGAGGAAACUAGAAGACCAAUUCACACACGCCAAGACAUAUCAAAUCGACCUGGCUAAACAGUUGCGAUAUCACUCCAUACGUCGUCGCCUAUUAAUUGGUUCUGCUUGUGGUAUUCAAAUCUAUCCAGAGUAUCUCAGCCAGAUGGCAGAAAACCGUGCAGUCUGCGAUUUCCAAAAGGCGCAUAAUGCUAUCAAGCAGUCAAAUGCUGAGCUAGCAGCUGGUGUUUUGCAAUUAAAGAACGCUAUGCCAGAGCUGCAAAAGCGUUUGGACAAACUGGACCGCACGGUAAACAGCCCAUAUAUUUUAAAUCUGGAAAGGGUACUGGAAACUAUUCAAGAUCUGUACGAUUACUUUUUUGAGGUGACGCGCAAGUAUAAGACCUGGGAACAGCUCAUCGAUCCCGCCCAGGAGCACUCUGUCGAUGAUUAUUUGGGUCUACUGCGCACUGAACAGAGCUUCGAAAGCUUUAAAAAUGCCGGCACUGAGCAUUGCACCUGCAAGCGUUGCCAAAAUAGGAAUCCCUUAACUCCUUAUUUGCCCUACUGGUGCCAGGGAUGUGAUCGGUCCAAUAAAGACGUAAAACUGGUGCAAAAAGAUUAUCUCUGCAACAUUAACAUGAAUGCUCAGCUGGAUUCUAGCGACACUAGCUAUCUGGAGAAACAGAGUGAUACCUCACUGCUACAGGCCGAGUUGGAAAAAUUAAAUGAGAAUUUAAAUUAAUUAAGCACUAUUAUAAAUUAGUCAAAAUUACGAAUUUACGUUUCGGCAAAUAUAUUUGACAACAAUUAGUGAAA